AUGGCAUGUACCCUUGAUAGCUUUCCCAUGGAAGUUCUACAUAUGAUAUUUGAUUAUUUAAGUCCAAUAGAUCUUCUGCAGGCAUUCGAUAGCAUGAGUUCAUAUAUCGACACUAUACUUCAUUCAUACUCUCAUAUUCGACUCAGUUGUAAAGCAAUGAAUAAAUCAACAUUCUAUUUUAUAUGCGAACGUAUUCAUCCAGAGCAACUACAAUGUCUUACUCUUUCCGAUGACGAACAUACGCCAGGUCAAAUAAAACUGUUCAUGUCUCUUGUACCUCUUAUUCACUGUAUGAAUCUUGAAUUGAUAAAUAUGAUACACAUUGAUAAUGUUAAUAUGCUAUGUUUAAUUUUAUCACACCUUGAAGAUCAUCCUCGAAUUCGAUCAUUAAUCGUAUCUGACUGUUGUAUAGAAAUAAGUAAAAACAAUUCUCGUUAUAUCACCAAAGUAUUUACAAGUUUGUCUUCUUUAAAAUAUUUAACAUUUAUGAACAGCGCAACAUUAGCAACUCUGCAACAACCAUUAUUAAAGCUAACACAUUUAAAAAUUCUCUCUUGUAGUUGGACCGACUUGAAGAUUAUAUUUCAAUGGGUUCCUAAUCUCGUUUCUCUUCACAUCAUAGUGCCAUUCAGCCAAACUUCAUAUAUGAUUGAUUAUAUUCCAUUAAAUUUAAGUUCUCUAGUACUCGAGUUACAACGAUGGACUUUAUUCAGUGAAGUUGAAAAUCUCUUGUCGCUGACUAAAUCCCUCAAGCGUUUCAUAUUGGAGACAAAUGGCGAAUUAGCUCUUCUGGAUGCAAAACGAUGGGAGAAAUUAAUUAAAACAAACCUACCUCAGCUAACAGAGUUUGCAUUAAAUAUAACACCCGAAGAGAAUAAUCUGACUGGCGAUGAUGUACUUACACCGUUUCAAAAUCCAUUCUGGACAAAUGAAAAACAUUUCCAAAUGGCUUGUUUGAUCUCAUCCGAAACUCAAUCAUGCGCAAAACUAUUCUCCGUACCUCAUUUUGCUCCAUCUGAUGCUUGGUAUCCACCAAUUGACAACUUCAUUAACUACUCAAUAACUCCUUGUGCAUUCGAUGGUAAUUGCAAAAAAUUAAGAGUACAUAAUCUACCUGCACCAGUUCUCAUUUUAUCUCCGUACAAACACAUUCGAACUCUAUCGGUCGAAUGUAACAUCGAUAAUAUCGAUCAAUUAAUGCAGAUCAUUAGUUUAUCAUCUAUUCGUCAUUUAAUAUUCCCAUCUGUCAUACAAAGUUUUGCAUUGUAUGAUAUUUUACUAGCAGCACCAAAUAUUCGUCAAGUAACCGUCCAUUAUCGAGCAUUGGCGCAAUUUAUCGGUUGGCUUUCAAAGGAUCAAAAUAGAUGCGAACAAAUAAGAGAAUUAUAUGUGCAAUGUGCCCUAACUGGUAAUGAUAUCGAUCUGCUCAGUAAAAGAUUACCGAAAUUAGAAUAUAUUUCUUCGCAUGUGAAAGAACGUGAUGAUAUUUUUCAUAUUUUGAACGAAUUUCAUGAAUUGAAGAGUGCAACGAUUCAUUUCAACAAUAUGUUAAAAAAAACUUGGACUACAAUCGUUGAAUAUUUACAAGAAAAUAACAUUUGCACCGAUGGUACAUAUUGUUUGCAGCCAUAUUUACUAUGUGUGUGGAUUGACGAAGAAAACAAAGAGAUGAAAUAA